GGAGCAGUGGACCGACCGGCCACCUAAUUCGUAUGAUCUACGCAUUUGACUGACAGGCCCACUAAUUAAAACCUUUCUGAGUUUUGCGCCAUCUCCUCCCAUUCUUUUCUCUGUCUACUGUCUCUGAAUCAAAUAAAUUCCAAUAUGGCAACGGAAAAUGGUGGCAGUAAUUCCGAUGUAUUGAAAACGUGCUUGGUGUUGGGAGGCAGAGGAUUCAUUGGCCGAGUGCUGGUGGAGAGGCUGCUGAAACUCGGUAAUUGGGUCGUCAGAGUCGCAGAUUACACAGAGUCUCCCCAACUAGAGCCCUCUGAGUUGCUUCUCUCCGACGCAUUCUCCUCUGCUCGCGCCUCUUAUUUCCAUGUCGAUGUUCGCAAUAAACCGCAGAUCAUCAAAGCUAUGGAAGGUGUGUCAGUUGUAUUCUAUACUGAAUCUAUGGCUUCAUUUCCUCGAGACUUCUUUUCUUACUAUACAAUUAUUGUUCAAGGUGCAAAAAAUGUAAUUAAAGCUUGUCGAGAAUGUAAAGUUAAACAUCUUAUAUACAACAGUUCUGCUGAUGUAGUUUUUGAUGGUUCACGUAAUAUAUGUAAUGUAGAUGAAUCAUUGCCAUACCCUAACCAAUUUGAGAACAUGGUCGCUGACCUUAAAUCUCAAGCAGAAGCACUAGUCUUAUUUGCAAACAAAGUUGAUGGUCUUUUGACUUGUGCACUUCGUCCUUGCAAUGUAUUUGGACCUAGAGAUAAUCAGCUUAUGCCAUCCCUGAUCAAUAUGGCAAACUCCAGCUGGGCCAAGUUUAUUAUAGGAAGUAGUGAGAAUAUGUCGGACUUCACCUAUGUGGAUAAUGUUGCCCAUGCUCAUAUCUGUGCUGAAGAAUCUCUAAGUUCUCAGAUGGUUUCUGCGUCUGGAAAGGUCUUUUUCAUCACGAAUCUUGAACCAAUGAAGGUGAGGGAUUUUGUACCUCUCGUAUUGGAGAGCUUUGGUUAUCAGAGGUAUCUAACCUCAUUCAGAUUACUUGAUAUAGUAAAUUUUUGGAGUGUAAUAAAAUAUUAGUUCUCAUUGGAUGCU